UCGAGGUCGUCCGCACUCCACCGGCCCACUUCACGGUGCGCGCACUCCGAACGAACGCUGUCGCCGCCGCCGCCGCCACCGACUGCUGCGUCGUAGUGUAGUGUCGUCCUCGUGACUUUUCCCCCGCGCGCAUUUUUCGUUGCGUCGCCGUCGUCGUCACAUAUCGUCAGUUACUCAGUCGAGUUGCGGCGCAAUUAGUGUGCACUUGUGACGCUCGCGUUCCGUAGCGCAUAUCUGUCUCUGUUUUGUGUGUCCGCGAUUUAAUAUUGUUAAAAUAAUGUGUACAUGUAUACAGUUCAACAUAUUUUAAACACAUACUACUACGCCGAGGAUAAUAUAUGUACGAUGUGUAUAUAAUUAUUGCCUUUCGUGUUUGAACAAUUGAAACGAUUUUUUUUUUUUUUUUUUUUUAGAACGUUUUUUAAUUUUUUAUUGUAAAUAUUUGUUUCUCCUCUGUUUACACUAUCGGCGUUAUACUACGUUAACCGGUUUCACGUGUGAGUUUUUUUUUAAUACAAGUGCGUACUCUAUCCGUCCGUCGAAUUUUAAAGGAGAAAAAAAAACUUUCUACUCGAAAACCAUGGAAUACGGUUUGGAGCCGUUGCAGAGGGCCAGAUCCAACACUUGGCCCUUGCCCAGACCGGACGCCGAGGAUGGGGGGGCCCAGAUGGCGGAGGGCAGUCCCCCGCAGUUGUUAGACAUUGUCGCCGACGUGGGCGGCAACGUAGGAGGAAACGGUAGCAGUGAUGGUGCCGUCGGUGGUGUGCCGUCUUCCGGUAGUGGGCUGCACCCGCCACAACAACAGCAGGGUGGUGGUAUGGUCUCUGGGCCGGUCAAGAAGACGUCGAGUCGCCGGAACGCCUGGGGUAACCAGUCGUACGCGGACCUUAUCACGCAGGCUAUAAGUUCAGUUCCGGAACAGCGGCUCACGUUGUCCCAAAUCUAUGAGUGGAUGGUGCAGAACGUGCCGUAUUUCAAGGACAAGGGCGACAGCAACAGUUCUGCUGGAUGGAAGAACUCUAUACGUCACAAUCUGUCACUUCACAGCCGAUUUGAAAAGAUCCAAAAUGAGGGCACCGGCAAGUCGUCAUGGUGGCAGAUCAACCACAACGCUAGCCGGACGACCGGAAAAUCCAGGCGCCGUGCCACGUCCAUGGAGACACCCAAAUUCGAAAAAAGACGUGGACGCGUGAAGAAAGUUGUCGAAGCUAUUCGCAACGGUCUGCAUCCCGAAAACACACCUAGUCCUAGCUCUUCGAUUUCUGAAAACUCCGACAUGAUACCCGUGUCACCCCUCAGGGGAUUCCAAUUCAGUCCCGACUUCAGAGCGCGGGCCUCGUCAAACGCUUCGUCCACCGGCCGUCUAUCACCAAUAUUCAGCGAGCAGCUCAGCACCGCCGACUACGGCUUGGACUCGGUGGCAGAACAGGGCCAGGCCGACCAGCUAGCCGGCACGCUGACGCAGACCGUCCGGAUCUCUCAACCACCGAUGCAGACGCUCGAAAGCUACAGAGAUGUGUUUUUGGAUAACCGUCCACCCCCGCCACCGUACAAUAGUUUGUCGAUUCAGUCGUGUCCUAUUCACGGUUACCAAGGGUGUUCGUGUUUCAACCUCAACCAGCUCGAGAACGGUUACAUAAAACAGGAGUGUAUAUCGUUUGACAACAUGUUGAACGAUCAGCAGGAUGACAACAUGUCGGCCACUGUAGUUGGACAAAUUAUGGGCUCAUCACAUCUGUCGUUUGACGAGCUCAACAUCAACUUGGAUAAAUUCCCGCCCGUAGAGUGCAACGUGGACGAGGUGAUCAGCCAUGAAGUUAGUCUGGGCGGCUGCUUGGACUUCAACAACUUCAAUCCACCGGCACAACCGCAACCAUCGGUAGCCACCACUCAGACACUGGCUUCCGUCAGUCACGACCAAUCGUCGUUUACCUCCGGACACCAUUGGGUCCAUUGAAAAGUUGAAACGAUUGUGUGUGUUCUAUGGGAAAUUUUAAAGACAAGUUUAUGAAAAUGUUUUAAUUAUGUUGCCCAGUAAAUUCAUGUUAAUUUUCAAUGUUUUAAUCAUAUUAAUACAUAAAUAUUAUUAUUUAAUUAUAUAUACAUAAAAAAAAAAUGUGUUCGUUUUAAAGUAACAACUAUUUUAUACAUUCUACAACUAUACACAUAUUAUUUGCUAUGUUAGGUUAAUAUUAUAUUUUAUUUUAUGUACAUGUGGAAAUAUAUUACUUGUAUAAACAUACAUAUUAUUAUGCAAUCUAUAAUUUGUUAAAAUUAGUCUAAUAUUUGUUGUAGUUUUAAAUUAAUAAUUAUACAUUGUUAUUUAGAUCAUUGAAUGUUAAACUUAAUCAUUUAAAAAAUAUGUUUCAAGUUAGCGUUUUACAACUUAAGCGAUUCCAGGUGUUAUCUGUAAUCAAAAAUCUUAAGUUAACUUUAGUCUAAGUAUUGUAAAUAGGUUUGCUCUACAAAAAAAAAAAAAAAAAAAAUAAUAAAAA